GCCCCGCCACGUCCUCAGUUUCCUGGUGCGUCACUUCCGCCCCCACCUUGUCACCCGCCCGGCCACUGCAGCCGGAAGUUGAGGGAACCUGAGGAGGAAGGGGCGAGGCCAGAUAAGGGCGUGGUCUGCGUGGGCGGGUCCGGAAGCUUUUGCCUUGACCAAGCCGCGUAGAAGGCGGUGGCGGCGAGUUAAGAUUGGCUCCGGACGUAAUGGCGGACUGGACCCGGGGGGUUGUGCGGACUCCUCAGUGGUCAUCCACAGUGGUCGGGUGGAUACAACCCCUCAGCUGCUUCCUCUUAAUCACAGCUCAGAGUACUGACGUGGUGGAAGAGAUUCUGGACCAGGAAAACAAGAGGAUGGCUGACAGCUUGGCCUCCAAGGUCACCAGGCUCAAAUCGCUGGCCCUGGACAUCGAUAGGGAUGCGGAGGACCAAAACCGGUACCUGGAUGGGAUGGACUCGGAUUUCACCAGCAUGACCAGCCUGCUUACAGGGAGCGUGAAGCGCUUCUCCACCAUGGCAAGGUCUGGGCGAGACAACCGGAAGCUUCUGUGUGGUGUGGCUGUGGGCCUAAUCGUGGCCUUCUUCAUUCUCUCCUACCUUUUGUCAAGGGCAAGGACGUGAGCCAUUGGGAACUGGCUUUUGCGGGUGCCAAGGGCAGCCCGGGUCUUCCCCACCUGGUGUUCUGGGCUCCAGAGGACUUACGUACAAGAUACUCUUUUGAAAUUACAA